UCAGAAAACACAAACAAACUAAUUUCUUUCUACAAAAUUCAAAAUUAAAUCGUUAUUUGGAUAGCCACCGCCCAAAAGACGAUGAACCAAUGCCGGCUCAGGAAUACGAUGCUGUUUGAAAUUCCACUCAGGGCCCAUGUGGCACUCAAAUGGAUGAGACACAAUAAAGCGGGGCUUCCCAUUCGACAGCUCAGAACCGAUUCCAGUUGUAAGGCACCAAAAGCACCCGCUAAAAGCAAAGAUGCCGACAGUCUGCUCAAUGGCAGCAAUGCCAACUACAUUGAUGGACUUUACAGCAGAUGGAAGGCCAAUCCUAAGUCCGUGGAUCCAUCCUGGGAUGCCUACUUCAGCGGCAAGCCACGCGGCGCCUCAACAAAAUCAACCGAUAAACGAAAGCAUCAUCGUCCACCGAUCGCACCUUCACCAGCCAGAAUUACAACUCGAACGGAGCUCCCAUCACGGAAUAUAUCGACAACGAACCCGGUCUCAACAACUGCAGCAGCGGCACCUCCAGCAAUGGACUGGAAGUACAUCGAUGACCAUCUCACGGUGCAGGCCAUCAUAAGAGCCUAUCAGACGCGCGGACAUUUGGCCGCCGAUCUCGAUCCGCUGGGCAUUGUGCAGGCGCUUGGGACGACCUCCGUGGAUGGUGCCAGGAGGAAUGCCACCGAAGCAGUGCUCCGACAGCAUUAUACCUAUGUUUUCAACGAUCUCAAUGCCACGUUUAAGCUGCCCUCGUCCACGAUGAUUGGCGGCUCUGAGCAGUUUUUGCCACUCAAACAAAUUCUGGACCGCUUGGAGCGCAUUUACUGCGGCCACAUUGGCGUGGAGUACAUGCAGAUCACAUCGCUGAACAAAACCAAUUGGAUCAGAGAGCGCUUCGAGAAGCCCGAUGCCAUCCAGUUCAGUCCCGAUGAGAAGAAACUUAUAUUGGAGCGGCUGACACGUUCUACUGGCUUUGAGAACUUUCUGGCCAAGAAGUUCUCCUCGGAGAAGCGUUUUGGGCUCGAGGGUUGCGACAUUAUGAUCCCCAUUCUCAAGGAGAUCAUCGAUCGCUCGACCUCUCUCGGCGUGGAGUCUGUGAUGAUUGGAAUGGCCCAUCGGGGGCGACUCAAUGUGUUGGCCAAUAUUUGCCGCAAGCCCAUUGCUGACAUUCUGGGACAGUUUCAUGGCCUCAAAGCCACCGACUCGGGCUCGGGCGAUGUCAAGUACCAUCUGGGACUGUACAUGGAGCGCUUGAAUCGGCUGACGAACAGGAACGUGCGCAUCACGGUGGUGGCCAACCCCUCGCACUUGGAGCACGUCAAUCCGGUGGUGAUGGGCAAGGCACGGGCCGAGAUGUAUCAACGCGGCGAUACCACUGGAAGCAAGGUGCUGCCGAUUAUUAUCCACGGUGACGCCUCCUUCUGUGGCCAGGGCGUUGUCUACGAGUCGUUGCAUCUGUCGGAUCUGCCCAACUACACGACGCACGGCACCAUCCACGUGGUGAGCAACAACCAGGUGGGCUUCACCACAGACCCACGCUUCUCGCGCUCCUCCCGCUACUGCACGGACGUGGCGCGUGUCGUGAAUGCUCCCAUCUUCCAUGUGAACUCUGAUGAUCCCGAGGCGUGCAUCCAUUGUGCGCGUGUCAGCACCGAUUAUCGCGCCACAUUCCACAAGGAUGUGGUCAUUGACAUCGUGGGCUAUCGUCGCAAUGGCCACAACGAGGCGGAUGAGCCCAUGUUCACCCAGCCGCUGAUGUAUCAGCGCAUCAGCAAGCUGAAGACCUGCAUGGUCCUCUACUCGGAGAAGCUCAUCAAGGAGGGUGUCAUAACGGCCGCAGACUACAAGGCCAUGAUUACAAAGUACGACAAAAUAUGCGAAGAUGCGUGGGAGGAGUCCAAGAAGAUGUCCACCAUUAAGUAUUCCUCCUGGAUUGACUCGCCCUGGACGGCCUUCUUUCAGGGCCGAGACCGACUCAAAAUGUGCCCCACGGGCGUCAGUUUGGCCACGCUCAAGAAAAUUGGCGAAAUCUACUCGAGUCCGCCGCCCAAGGAGCACAAGUUCAAGGUGCACAAGGGCAUUCUGCGCAUUCUGGCGCUGCGGAGAAAACUGGUGGAAUCCAAGCAGGCUGACUGGUCGCUGGGCGAGGCCUUUGCCUUUGGCACGCUCGUGAAGGACGGCAUACACGUGCGUCUGUCCGGGCAGGAUGUGGAACGUGGCACGUUCUCGCAUCGUCAUCAUGUGCUGCAUCAUCAGUCCCGAGACAAGGUGCGCUACAACUCCAUCGAGCAUCUGUACCCCGACCAAGCGGACUACAAAGUGUCCAACAGUUCGCUGUCGGAGUGCGCGGUGCUGGGCUUCGAGCACGGCUACUCCAUGGCCAAUCCCCACUCGGUGGUGAUCUGGGAGGGGCAGUUCGGGGACUUUUGCAACACCGCCCAGUGCAUCAUCGACACGUUCAUCGCCAGCGGCGAGACCAAGUGGGUGCGCCAGUCCGGCCUGGUGAUGCUGCUGCCCCACAGCCUGGAGGGCAUGGGCCCGGAGCACUCCUCCGGCCGCAUCGAACGCUUUCUGCAGAUGAGCGACGACGAUCCCGAUGUCUUUCCGGACACCUGCGACUGCGACUUUGUGGCCCGUCAGCUGAUGGAAAUCAAUUGGAUUGUGACGAACCUCUCCACGCCAGCGAAUCUCUUUCACGCCCUGCGCCGCCAGGUGGCCAUGGGCUUUCGCAAGCCUCUCAUCAACUUCUCCCCAAAGUCCUUGCUGCGCCAUCCGCUGGCACGCAGCCCCUUUCGUGACUUUAACGAGUGCAGCGAGUUCAAGCGCCUUAUACCCGAUGGCAAGACGGCAAACAAGCCCGACUGCGUCACCAAGUUGAUCUUUUGCUCGGGCAAAGUCUACUACGAUCUGUUCAAGGAGCGGGAGGAUCACGAGCAAGACGAAACGGUGGCACUCGUGAGAAUAGAACAGCUCUGUCCCUUUCCGUAUGAUCUGAUCAUGAAGGAGCUGGAAUUGUACGAGUCUGCGGAGCUGUUGUGGGUCCAGGAGGAGCACAAGAACCAGGGUGCCUGGUCCUAUGUGCAGCCACGUUUUGACACGGCUCUGAUCAAAAAGGAGAACGAAACACGUUGCAUCUCCUAUGUGGGACGUCUGCCCAACUCCGCCCCGGCCACAGGCAACAAGGUGCAGUUCAUGACCGAGUACAAGGCAUUCAUGACCGACGUUUUUGGCGAGAUGACCGAAGGCAACAAGCAACGUCUCGAGAGCAUUGUCAAGGAGCAGCAAGCGAAGGCCAAGGCUGCCACCAAAGCGGGCAAUGAGGCCUUGGAUGCUGCCAAAAAGAGAGCCGAACACUCCAUAAAAGAGAAAGCCGAAAGAACCGAAGAAAAAGUGACGGGAGCUCCUGCUAAAUCUUUGGCCUACAAUUUGAAACCCUUUUUUCUUGAACGUAUUCUUGAAAUACUGAAAGAAUAUAUACAAAUGUAUUUGCAAUAUUUAUAAAAUAAGGGGGAGAUG